GAGUGUGCUCCCCCACGGCAAGCCACACUCCUCAUUCUCUCUUUGUUUCUUUAUGGUGCAGUGUGGCCAUUACGCACACAGCCACAGUUGCUAGCCUAAGACACCAAGCCACCAAUCAUAAGAUUGGGGGCUCAAGACUAGGAGGUCAGGGUGACGAAGGUGCCACAACAUGACAUCUUGCGAUUUCUACUGUAGAUAAAAAAACACUCCAUCUCCACUAAACUUCUCAAAAGAAGAAAAAAAAGAUUCUAGUCUUUGAAAUCGAAACAUGCAGUCUCUACUUCCACUAGUCCUUUGCUAAUUUGAUAGGUUUUUGCUUGAGAGGCUCCGAGGCUAUAUGGCUCAAAGUCCGGCUCCUUGUGCUGACCAUGCGACGCUCGAUGUUGUCCAAGACGAGGGCCCUGACAUGGGCCAAAGGUCUCAAUGGCUUCGAGCAAUGAUCCUCGGAGCCAGUGAUGGUCUAGUCUCAACAGCUUCACUCAUGAUCGGUAUUGGAGCGGCGGUCGAGGAACACCGAGCCAUGUUGCUCUCAGGCCUCGCAGGAGCUGUCGCGGGAGCAUGUAGCAUGGCGGUUGGAGAAUUUGUGUCUGUGUCGACCCAACGAGAUAUAGAAAUGGUGGCCUCCACAUCCAAGCUCAAAGUAGUUAACCUCCAAACAGUCCACAACCUUCUUCAGGUCUUGAAAUCGAUCCCUGAGGACCAAGAGAAACACACAAUUGACUUGGAGUCGCCAACAACUAGUGUUUUGGGGUGCUCCACUGACUCAUUAAAGGGCACCGCAAAAUUGGGGCCUUUAGCAGACAAGUCCCCGAUACGAGAAGUUCCCAACGGAAAAAUUCGUGUAUCAGGGAUGUCACCAAUGAGAUCUCCGAUGAUGAGGGCAAUUGCCGAAAGCUCGAUAAAAAGAAUAGUUACUAGGGAUUCACCCGAGAGAGAAGAUCGAGUGAGGGCAUUGCCUAACCCUUUUCAAGCUGCCAGUGCCUCCGCAUUGGCCUUUCUGUGCGGAUCAAUUGCACCAUUGGUCUCAAGUGUGUUCGUAGUUGGCUAUGAGGCCAGGAUCAUGGUGCUUGCAGUGGUGAGCUCCAUGGCACUAGUAGUGUUGGGAGGCGUUGGAGCUAGGCUUGGGGGCUCAAAUGUGAGAGUUUCUGCCUUCAGGGCUCUUUUGGGUGGAUGGCUGGCGAUGCUUGUGACCUUUGGUAUACUCAAGCCUUUUGAAAGAAAAGAUAGGGAAUAA